AUGAAAAUGGAGUCGCUUCUUGAUGACAUGCAAACUGAAGUUAUGCUACGUCUGCCUCUUAAAUCUUUGAUUGCAUGCAGUCGCGUCUGCAGGAAACUGAAGACAAUGAUCUGUGAUGAAAAAUUCAAAAAUCGUUACUUGCUACGCUCCAUGACAAGACCCAUGGAUCCAACUCCAGAUUCGUUUUUUCACACUGUUUGUCAAAAAGAGAAUCGUUUAGUAAAAUGGACGAGGUCUGCACCCGUUCGAGGCGUGGUCUGCCUUCAAGCAUCAACUAGGUUUUUGCUAUGCAGUGCCAUUACCAACAAUGUUCUGCGUCUACCUGAUAUCAAAUGGCCUGGACUAUCCCCCGGAAGGUUCUUUUUGGGAUACGAUGAAGCUACUAGUUCACUCAAAGUGUUAUGGCCAAGGUAUUAUUGUUUUAAACCUCUAGUUUACACGGUAAGCUCGGGUGAUGAAGGAUUUUGGAGAGAGAUAGCAUGUGAGACUCUUGAUAUGGUAAACUUUUCUCGUGCACUGUGUAAAGGAGGAGUUUUAUACUACGCAGCUGCAGCCGUUUUUUCAGUUGCCUUGGUGAAUAAGAAAUCAAAGACAGGAAAGUUUCAGAUUUGUGUUAGGAACGAAGUUUCAGGAGAAUGGGAGUUACAUCAACUUGUGAUUCCUGGAUGGAGAGACAAUGUUGGGAACAAUGUGAUGUUUUCUUUCGUAGGUACCAUUGGAACAGGAGAACUUGUUUUCACAGCACCAGACUCGUUGCAUGAAGGAUCAGAGUCUGUUUUGCAUUACAAUACAAACCCUCCAAAAGAAAGCAGUGGAUUCGAAAUGUUUAGCGUGGAAGCAGUGAAUGGAGGUUCGUAUCACUGUGUUCGAGCCUGCUUGAAUCAUUUCGAUUCUCUUUUCCCUACUAAUUAA